AUGUAUUUAGACAGUACUAGGUGGUUACAAGACUACAAUCACACUGUCAUCCAAUCACAACGGACACAAUCGGGGACUUGGACAUGCAAAUGCUCGUACAAGGCAUACUGUAUCAAAUCAAAAACCUUCAACAGACGCAUCCGAGGAUAUGUAGGAGUGCGUUUCUUCACGUAUUCAAUUAUCUACAUGAAGUUGGUGCACAGGAGGAUGAUCAGGCAUCUACAUCGUCAUGCUCGGACCGAUAUAC